UUGACAGCCGAUUACUCAAUAGUCUUGUAGCCACACAUUUGAAUUAGUGAAAUUUAAGUAAAAUUUCAAUAAAAUUUUAUCUUAAGCAAAGAAAGUAAAUAUGUUAUCCGUGCGUACAGUGUUGCCAUGGAGUCGAUCACUGGUUUCCAUUGGACAACAUGGUUUAAAAACUGUGACAACCACAAAAAGUACUUUUAGUGGGCACUUGUUGACAAAAGUUUCCCAUUUAAAAACGCCUCAGCUCGCUCUUGUGGCUCAACAGCAUCGUUUCUACUCGUCCGACACAAGUUCACCAAGCAGACCGAACGAGGCAGGAGAUAUACGUGUUUACUAUGGCAGUUUGGCUCCAAAGAUGAAAGCGGUGAAGAUAUUUUCACUUACGACAAGCUUGGCAGGAAUGGCGGCACAACCAAUACUCAUGGAACAAGGCUUGAAAAUUGGUGGCACGCCAAUGGCUGUAUUCCUGUGUGGUUUCGCUGGUUUCUUCACAUUUGUAACGCCGUUUUUACUGCACUUCAUUACAAAAAAAUACGUGACUGAAAUUCAUUACAAUCCAAAUACUGAUGAAUAUACGGCAACAACGAUUUCAAUUAUUCUUUAUAAGAUAAAGACUAAAUUCAAGCCAAGUGACGUUACGGUGCCUGAAGUACCCGGCAUGUUUACAUCAUUUUUAGUACGUAACAAACCACUGUUUGUUGAUCCUGCACUUUUCGAGGACCCUGAGCAUUAUGUGCGUAUAAUGGGGUAUGACAAGCCGGUGGACUUUAAAUUAGAAUUAUCAGAAAAUUCAUUAAAACCAGUAAGAACGGUUAAAAAAGAACAAUAAAAUAGUUAUGGUGUAAAUAAA